UCAGUCUCUUGAGGACUGAUUUUUAAGUUUGUUUGUUCAUCUUAAUACUGAUCAAAAUUCAGUGAAACUUAAGAGAAAGUCUUGAAUAUUUAGUAUCUAGCUAAAAGUUAUUGUUCAGCUAAAUUUUUCUUCCUUUGUUGCCAGACAGUGUUGAUAUACUUUUUUAUUCUUUGUUCCUUGGGAAAGCAGUUCAAGAAAAUAGGAACUUCUCUUCUCCAUUUCUUUUCCUGGCAUCAUGUUUCAGUCUAAUUCCUGGCUGGCAUUCUAUUUCACUACCCCUUCUCCUAAUUUACUGCUUAAAAUUUGCUCAUCUAUUAAAAGGGGGCCAGGUUCUGGACAGACGAGGAAAUAGCCUUAAAAACUGCACUGCAGGCAUAUUAAGUUAUUCCCCCACUGUGCAGUCUGCAAAUCAGGGAGCACUUCUGGCGAUGCAUUCUAAUGAACGGCUAAAGAUGCCAGAAUGUGUAUGCACAGACGUUUUCUCUCCCCUCCCCCUUCUUCCUUUCCCAAGCCCCCUCUUCUCCCAAUUUCCCCUCCUACUCCUUUAUCCCCUCCCUCUGUGUCUCAGUACUGCGGUAUACAGGACUGAGGCACAUUCCUGCUUUGCAAGCUUUCUGUUAAGGAUGUUUUGUGGCUUUUGUUCGGAUUGCAACCUGCAGAAUUAAUUACAGCUGUUCAGAGGAGACUCAUUCCAACUCCUGCUGAAGCUCCUAAUCUUCCUCCCUUCUCUUCUGCCCCUAACCCAUACCCUCACUGGCCUGAAGACAUUGUACCCAGAGUUUGCCUCACAACCUGGGUGCUAUGUGUAUGGUAAACCUGGUACUAUGGCCGCAUCUGGGACUGGCCAGACAACUGCUGCUGGCUCUCCCUAUUCCAGGAAGGAUUUAAAGGGAAAUUGCACUGCAGGCAAUGCACCAGAGCAGCAGCAUCGGGAGCUUGGGGACUAAGGUUCCUCUUAUUACACAUGCACAAAGCUGACCGCAAUGACAGCAGCUGCUCCUUUGAACUGCUGGCAGCAGCCAGGCGGCAGCAUGAAGUGAGAGAUCACUACUGAGCUCAAGAUGAACUUCACCUUGGAUGGUAAUGAGAGCAGCCACCCUUUUUGUCUCUUGGCAUUUGGCUAUUUGGAAACUGUCAAUUUUUGCCUUUUGGAAGUGUCAAUUAUUGUCUUUCUAACUGUAUUGAUUAUUUCUGGGAACAUCAUUGUGAUUUGUGUAUUCCACUGUGCACCUUUGUUGAAUCAUCACACUACAAGUUAUUUUAUUCAUACUAUGGCAUAUGCUGACCUCUUGGUUGGGGUAAGCUGCCUGGUACCGUCUUUAUCACUCCUCCACCACUCCCUUCCAGUAGAGGAGUCUUUGACUUGUCAAGUGUUUGGUUUUGUAGUCUCAGUUCUGAAGAGUGUCUCCAUGGCCUCACUGGCCUGUAUCAGCAUUGACAGAUACAUUGCCAUCACUAAACCUUUAACCUACAAUACACUGGUUACACCGUGGAGACUACGCCUCUGCAUUUUCUUGAUUUGGCUGUACUCCACCCUGGUUUUCCUGCCUUCCUUUUUUCACUGGGGCAAACCUGGAUAUCAUGGAGACGUGUUUCAGUGGUGUGCCGUGUCCUGGCACACUGACCCUUACUUCACUCUGUUCAUCGUGAUGAUGUUAUAUGCCCCAGCGGCCUUUAUUGUGUGCUUCACCUAUUUCAACAUCUUCCGCAUCUGCCAACAGCACACAAAGGAAAUCAGCGAAAGACAAGCCCGCUUCAGCAGCCAGAGUGGGGAGGCUGGGGAGGUGCAGGCCUAUUCAGAUAAGCGCUAUGCCAUGGUCUUGUUCCGAAUUACUAGUGUAUUUUAUAUCCUCUGGCUGCCGUACAUCAUCUACUUCUUAUUGGAGAGCUCCACUGGCCAUAGCAACCGCUUCGCGUCCUUCUUGACCACCUGGCUUGCUAUUAGUAACAGUUUCUGCAACUGUGUCAUUUAUAGUCUCUCCAACAGCGUCUUCCAAAGAGGACUAAAACGCCUCUCAGGGGCCAUGUGUACUUCUUGUGCAAGUCAGACUAUAGCCAAGGAUCCUUAUGCAGUUAGAAGCAAAGGUCCCCUAAAUAGAUGCCAUGUCUGAAGUGGUUCCACACACACACACACACACACACACACACACACACACACACACACACAGAGAGAGAGAGAGAGAGAGAGAGAGAGAGAGCUAUUUUAUCUCUUUGUGUUCUUAGUCUACUAGGAAAUCUGGCACAGAAGAAUCUGACUCUAAGAAAUCGCAGUUAAAUGAUCUGUCUGAAAUGCCAUCUACAUUUAUAGAAAUGAUUUCCUAAAAGUGUUUUAAAAUCAGAAGAAAACAAGACCAUGAAGAUAAAUUGCUCAUGGUUCCAAUUUUGUAAUGUCAGGGAGAUGACUACAUUUCUUAGAUUUAAAUUAAUCAAAGCAGUAUGUCACACCUCUCUCCAACUGGCGUGAAUAGGACCUGGGUGUGAAAAGUGUCAGCAUUUUUAAAAGUCGUUUUCUUGCCACUUUUCUGGGUUCUUUCCAGUUGUUUGGGCAUCAUGUGCAAUUGAUGUCUUUUAACAGGGAAAAUUCAACUACAGCAGUGAAUUAACAGGGUUUUAACAUUUUAUUUAUGUAUGCCAAAAUAUAACUGUAUUACAGAGUUUCAACACUGUCAUUUAGGAAAAUGUUUUGUCUUUUUGUCUUGAGAGAAUUCUGAGUAUAUUAAAUGUGAACAUUUAAAUACUAGUUUUAGAAUUUGGCUGUGAACCUUGACUGAAAGUGUAAUUAUGAAGUCUUAUUUAAAAAAAAACAAAAAAAAAGAAACUGUGCUACUUUUUGUGCCAUGCUUCACAGAGGUCUAAAACAUAUGUAUACAGGGGCCAGAUAGUGGCUCACGUGGCUGAGCACACACAUUAGAGUGCGCAAGGCCCCAGUUUCAAGCUCCUGCUCCCUACCUGUAGAGGGAAAGCUUCACAAGCUGUGAGGCAGUGCUGCAGGUACCUCUCUCUUUCUCUAUCUCCACUGUCUCUCUCAAUUUCUGUUUCUGUUAAAAAAAAGUGUAUAUAUAAAAUGAUCGUGUUACAGUAUUUUUGCCUAUGAUUCUGUGUAUGUAUAUAUUGAGAAUAUUUGAAUUGUGUUGGAUUUAUCUUUUACUGAAAAAUAUGUUUUAAUAAUGCUAAAAUUAGUAAAUGAUUGAUAGAUGUCAUUUUUAUAGUGGUGAAAGUAGAUAGGAAUAUAUCAUUAGUCCUUUUUUUUUCUUUUUAUCCAAAGACUUGAAAUAUUAGAUUAUCAGGGAGAACAGUGUUCUAAACAACUGUGCCAGAAAACAUACUGUACCUAUAAUCAUUUAUUUAAACAGGAGAGAUUUAAUAAAAAUGUUCUCUUUGUGAUGAAAUAUAAUCAACUCAUAAACUAAUCCUUUCAUAGAAACAUUCUUAUAGUUACUGUUAAGGGACUUAUAUUUGAAUGUGAGAGAGAGAAAUUUUACUGAUCUCGCUUACUGCUAUUCUCUUUCUGGAAGAAAAAUUCUGAGUGAUAUAUUUCCUUUCUUAAUAUUCUUAUAAGACAUAAUUUUUGUUAAUCUAUAGAAUUUAAAUUUUUUUUCUUUAUUGGGGAAUUAAUGGUUUACAGUCAACAGUAAAAUACAAUAGUUUUUAUAUGUGUAACAUUUCUCACUUUUCCACAUUUCCAUUCAACCCUUACUAGGUCCUCCUCUGCUACCAUGUUCCAGGACCUGAACCCUCUCCCCCACCCGAGUCUUUUGUGCAAUUUAGUGUAAUACACCAAAUCUAUAGAAUUUUUUAGAGUGUCGUGUGCUUGUAAUAGUGUUUUACUCUUAAAAGUGAUUAUCUUUAGAACAAGAAAUUUAUUUUUCUAAAGAAGAAGGAUUUCCUAGCAUUUCGAGGCAUGACAGCAUUUCCUCCACUUUUCUACUAGUUUUAAUGUUUUGGAAGUUCAGGAGACUUAUUUGAUUUCUGCCUCUGACUAGUUGUUGUAAUUUGUAUGUGACAAGUUAGUUGUCAGUGAGAUAGGAGAAAUCCAAAAGGGACAUAAGUUAAAGUAGAUUUUGAAUCCAAUGAAAGGCGUAAGUAUUUAUGCAGGAAGUUAUGUUUUGGUUUCUCAUCAUGAUAUACAUAAACUUUCUUCUCUAUUUAAAAUAAAGGACAGUAUUCUUAAAAUUUUAGGUUUUAGAUACUGAUUUGCUUUGGACCUGAUAUGUCCUAUGUAAUUCUUUUUUAGAUUAAGUAUCAUAUAAAUACUUAAACUUCAGAUUUCUAGUUUUUCUCCAAAAUAGGCUUCAUCUUUUUAUUUUAUAUAAAAUGUCUUGAUUCUAUUUCAAAAUUUAGAACUUCCUGAAAUGCAUUAUAUUAGCAGUGGUGUUAAAGUGCCCUUUCAAGUGGAAAACCUUUUCUGUUGUAUUCUGAAAAAAUAGUUAAUAUAUUAAUGGUUAAGUGAACAUAUCUGAAAAUACAAAAUUUCCUUUUUUUCAUCUAUGCUAUAUAACCUAACCCAUUAAAUUUUGUAAAAUUUAUAUUUUGCUUUAGAAUUUUUACUUCAGCAACUAUAACAUCAAAGACUUAGUUUUUAUAGAAUAUGAGUACUAAAUAGGUGAAUUUUAUUUAUAGUAGGGUAAGAAAAUUGUUAUUUCAACAGAUUCCUCCAGUAGGAGGAAUAAGAGAAUUACUGUUUAGUUCUCUGGAAGUGAAUAAUCAGGAUGGUCUUUUAAUGACUAGAGAGACAACAACUAUUCAAAUAAGAGCAUUUGUUAAUAGAUCUUUACAUGUUUGUUCUAAUACCAGAUUUAGGUUUUCUUAAAAAUGUUUUUUUUUUUUUUUUGUCUUACUUCGGAGUCUCUCUCAGUGUAAAACUAAAGUAGAAACUAAGUAGAUAAUAUAAUAAUUUUAAAGAAAAACCCUCCUACCUUCACAGAUAACUUGCUUAGUAUCAACUGUUUUUCCUUUUUUGUGUGCGUGUUCAUUGGAUUGUGUGAACUUUUGUUACAUCUAGGUAUCAGUUGUUUCACAUUCCCUGCUUUUACUGCUUUAAAAUUUUUAUUUCCGUGUGUGUUGGAUAAGAUCAUAUGAUGUUCAUUCAGUCUCUGGGGACACUUUUUAUGUGAUGCAUUUGAAGAGUUUGUAUUUAAAUAAUUUUUCUUUCCUGGCAUGUUUAGUGUGACAUUUGAUGACGUUUGCCUGAAAUACCAAUCUGACUAGUUCAGAAUGAGAAAAAAGUAUAUUUUUAGACUCAGUUACCUUGGACUUUGGCAAGACAGCAGAUUUAACUUUAUAUGGUUGUUAUCAGAGGAAGCAUACGUUUUCAGUGGCUAUGCUGAACUCUUAAAUUGUCAUAUUUGUAAAUUAGUUGUGUUUUGUUAUGCAGUGGUUUCAGUGAAGUUUUUCCCCCUCCUUGGAGUGAAAAAACAGUCAGUGAAUGACAUGAACUCUUCUUUGAUGAGAGAACUCUUAUACCAAAAUGGAUAUUUUAGUUUUUCAUGAAUCUAUCAACUCCUACCCUAAAUUCCAUUUUGGAAAGGGUUUUCUAUAAGCUUCAUAGCUGAGCAAAUUCCUUUGUAAGCCUUUUAUAAUGGCUUUUCCUUUUUACUUGAAUAUUAGUAUUUUAAGGGUUGGGAAAACUUGAAUUUUUGUACUACUAAUUCAAUAUCCACCUGCUUGAAUUAAAAAUGAACCAACAGAGAGUCAUAUUUCUUAGGUUUCCAGGAUUUGUUGAAAAUGUUGCGUAGUUUUUUUUAACUGCAUAGUUUUAAUUUUGUUGAUUGUGUUUUUGUGUUAUAAAAUAUUUGUGAAAUAAAUUGUUGGUGAACCAGAAUUUAUUGUUGUAAGAGCAGAUUUUGGGAAGGUUAUGAAUAAGUCAUGGCCAGUAUGAGAUUAAAAAAGUAUUCAUAUAUUAAUCUGUGUAAAUGUUGUAUAUAUUUCAUUUAAAAGUUAAGAAAACAAAAUAUUUGUAUUAAAUAUACACAUUACUUAUAUAUUUUUGCAGACUUUGGGAGUCUUCUAGACAUAUCUUAAGUCUGUAACUGAGUCAUUUCAUCUCUCUUAAAAAUUUGGGUGACAAAAAGAAUCAUGAUAUGAGGAAGUCAGGCGGUAGCACAGUGGGUUAAACGCAGGUGGCUCAAAGCACAAGGACCGGUGGAAGGAUCCUGGUUCGAGCCCCUGGCUCCCCACCUGCAGGGGAGUCACUUCAGAAGCAGUGAAGCAGGUCUUCAGGUGUCUAUCUUUCUCUCCCCCUCUCUGUCUUCCCCUUCUCUCUCCAUUUCUCUCUGUUCUAUCCAACAAUGAUGACAUCAAUAACUACAACAACAAAAAAAGAAUCAUGAUAUGAUUAAAAUGAAUUUUGAACUGAUUAUAAAAGUGAUUCUUAAAAAAAAAAAGUCUAUAUCUGUUACUAAGUAGUUUUGUAAGGACAAGCCACUUCUCUAAGCACUUAAUUUUGUUUAAAGGUGAUAAAGAUCUCAUAGGCUUACUCUGAUAAUUGAAUUAUAUGAUGGAUGUGUAAAUCCGUUUCUGGAAAAAGUCCUUUUCUGUUACCUAACCACUUUGUAGUAUAAAGGUAUUGACUCUGUUAUGGUUUUACACCUAAGGAAGCUAGUCAUACUGCUGUAGAGUCUACUUACAUUAAGGUCUUUGUGGUUUAAUGCUAGAUGACUUUUUACAGCUGCUUAGCAGUCCCAGAUUUCAGAAGAGAAGCAUGAUAAAUCCUCACUUUUCAAAUAAAGAAAAAAAAGACAGACUAGGGGAGAUCACAUAAUGAUUAUACAAAAAUAAUUUCAUGCUGAGACUCUGCAAAGUCUGAAAUUCAAUCCCAUUCACUUCAUAAACUAGAAUUCAACAGUGUUCUGGUAAAAAUAAAUUAAUGAUUUUAAUUGACAGUACAGUAUAAAUGACUCAGUGUAAAAUGUUUCAUUUACUUUCCAUAUUUGUCUUAUCAACUGGAAGGAUAAUGUUUAAUCUAACACCUAGCUGAGAGAAUUUUUAAUGACUUUUAUAGCAUGAAUAUAUGACUUUUAUUUUUUAAUGUGUCCAAAGGAAUAAAACUGAGGACCUUGUCCAUAUUUGAUUUCAGUAAGCAUCCUUCUGGACCCAACAUUUUUUUCAUUCCUGAUACUUAGCAGAAGACACCAAGGCACCACACCAGCAUCCAUUGAGCUACCGAAGGUGCUAUCUGUAGUGCUCCCACACGGUACUGAGGUUUGAACUUAGGACCUUGUGCAUGCCUGUGCAUUGUCUGCUGAGUUCUCCUCUGACCCUGGUAAUCCUUUUAAAUGUAUUAAUAGUCACCAGCCUUCUUCCUUCUCUUAGGAGUGGUAUGGUAGUGAUGUUCAAAAGGCAGUAUAAAACUAUAGGCAAUCUUCCCUUUGGUCAAGCCCACUCUAGAUUCUAAAUGUGUCCAGAGACAUCAGGCAUGGAAUGUCAACCCUUCACCUUCAUUACUCGGGUGAGACCUUUCCUUUCAUAGGAUUCUCUAAUUCCAUUCCAGGUGGUUCACUUCCUAACAAAGUCCCAAAACCUAGAUAGACACCAGGUCCCGUAAGAUA